AUGGUCCAAAACAUUGGCAAGAAUGCUCAAGGGAGUCAGAAUAUUGUCGAAGGAACUGCAAACCGUCAGAGCAACUACAAUAGCUACCAUAUGCAGUUCAUUUGCAACAACAUCACAGAUGUAUCUUACAGUUCAGAUCGACAAGAACUGCAAGAACCGUCGACAACUGAGUCGAGACCCAUGGUGCUUGCGCCAGUGGAGCCAGUGCAGCUCUAUGAGGUUCCACACAGCCGAAACACUCGAUUCUGUGGUCGCCGGAGGGUUCUAGAUAAGCUUCAUGAGCUUCUUGCCAACGGUGUGGAUCCAUCGGGAACCGCAGAACAGCUACAUUCGUGCGUCAUCCAUGGCAUGGGUGGAGUGGGAAAGACUCAAGUUGCCAUUGAGUAUACCUAUCGUCACCGGCGUUCAUACGACUUUAUCUUUUGGAUAAAGUCCGAGAACGAAGCUGUGUUCGCUAACAGUAUCACCCAGAUUUCGACUAGCUUAUGCCUCGGGCUAGCUGAAACUCUCGCCAGCGCACGGGCCGUCGAGGCUGUACGCAAGUGGUUUGAAAAUUCAAAAAAACGGUGGCUUCUCGUAUUUGACAACGCCGAGACUUGGGAUAUCUUAGAGCCAUGUGUGCCACGAUCAAACCACGGGGCUGUUUUGAUCACGUCACAAAACGAUCAGCUUGGCCCGCACGCGACCGUUGAUAUACCUUUAAGGUCACUCAAUAGCACCGAGGGAUCGGAGCUAAUCCUCAGGUAUUUGCCGAAUACCGGAGAACGCUAUGAAGUAGAAGAUGCAAAGAAGAUAUCAGCUCAACUUGGAGGGCUGCCCUUGGCUCUCGGGUUCGCGGCCGGCUUCAUCUCUCAGACCAAAUGGUCACUACAGGAGUUUUUGAAUUAUUCUGAAGGGCGUCGAUUCUGCGCUACAGUGUUUAAGAUGGAUCCUCCUGCAGCCACGCAUCCGUACAAAAAAACUCUCGCGGGGCAAUGGGAAGAAUCAUCGCAAAGGUUGACGCCGGAACAGCUCAGAAUCAUUCACAUACUGUCCAUGUUGGAUCCUGACGAUAUCCCAGAGGGGAUGCUGUAUGCCGAACACCAUGAACAAGAGCUCGAUUUCUUGAGUUCCUCUAAAAUCACCGCGCAUGAUUUUGGUACCAUGCUCGGAGCCCUGACGAGCUGGCACCUUAUUGAUCGAGAGAGCAUCGGACCAGAAGCACGACUGCUCAUUCACCGCACAUUGCAGAAGAACGUUCUCCAUAGCCUGGACAAAGACCACAAUCUGUUGCAACAUACCUUUCGUCUUACUUUCACCUUGGUUCGCAAAGUCUACCCAAAACAGUCGCCCACUCAUGAUCCUCAAAACGACCACUGGAAGAUACAAGCAUUGUACCAGCCUCACGUUCUCAGUCUCCACUCUGUCUACGAAAACAGCACAAGAGAGCUGGAUCCUUUUAUUGAAUUUGCCGAGCUUCUCUCUGAUGCGGCCUACUACCUCUGGGAGAAGGGCAUGCUCGCGAACAGCUCGAAACUCACAGACACCGCGGAAGAGAUUUGUGAAAGGUGUCCAGACGCUCCGCAUGUGAUCAAGGCUAACGUGUACUCCCUGGGAGCUGCGCUAAGAUGGAGCCGUGGAAUCACGGUACGAGCAUCCAUCCUACGCCGUUUCCUUCAAGCGCUGGCACACCUCCAAAAGCAUAUCAAUAAGCUCGACCCAGAGGAGGCACCUCGAGAAGUUCUGCAACUGUAUGCAACCAGCUGGAGCGAUGUUGGCCACGUCUUCAUUGAGCACGAGUUUUACGAGGAAGCCCUUGAGUGCUUAGGCCUUUGUGAAUCGAUCAAGAAAGGCCUGGGUGACGAACUUGGGCUUUUGGGCGUCAAGCGCGCUCGGGCGCUUACAUUGGCCUGGCUUGGACGAUUUGGUGACGCUCUGGAGCUGAUCCCCGACGAAGACAAGCUGCCUCGUGAGCUAUUGGCACCUGGAAGCGCCUCUUUCUUCGAACGCUGCCGAUACGCGUGGGCUAACGUCUUGGUCAUGACCGAAGAUCUCAAUGGGGCACUCAAGCUUUUGAAGGAAAACCUCAAGUGCCGCAAGCUUCUGUAUGGGGAAACAGGACACUACACGUUGGACUCAUCCUAUCUUCUGGGAGUAGUGCAUCAAAAGAUGGGAAAUACACAGCUCGCAAUAGAUCUCUUCAAGAGGGCAAUUCAAUUCUCCGCCAACUGGUCUGAGGAGUCCACCAUUUUGGCAAAGCACCAGCUAUCGAAAGCGUUCGCCAAGUUAGGCCAACAUGAAACAGCUCUGAUUUAUUCCACAGAGGCGGAUGAGGUCAGAAAGCGCCUCUGGGAUUCACAUGCGACGUACAUCGAUUCCGCGAGCUGUGGCAAUGACGAUGAAACCUACGAUCACCUUGCGUCCUGCGAGACCGGACGGGUUACGGUCGGCAAGUUCCAGGCCACAGGGAAACUACCAAAGCUUAUGGAAAUAUGUCGAGACAUCCAAAAAAGGCUAAAUGCUGUCAGCGGAGCUAGCAUUCUGCCGUCUACCUUUUGCGAAAUGUGCAAAUCCCCAGAGAUCGAUGUCUCAGAGGCCGAGAUCUAUACAUGA